AUGUUUAUCUUCGUUUUCUUCUACGCAUUAAUUUCCCUGACAUCAUCUCAAAGUGGUCAGCACCAUUGGCAGCGUCGACCGCAACCGCUUUCGUCAGCUCAUCGAGGAUUUAGUCCUCCGUCCCAGAGACGGCUCUCGACAGCUGCCGUUGUUAACGCUCUUCCUACCGUUAGGUUGAAUGGCCAUUCUCAGCAACUACAUCCGGAUCUACUGGAUGCAAAAGCGUCCGAAAAUGGAGGUAUAAAAGCUGGAGCGUCGAUUUUUGCUGGAAAUAUGUCCAAGGAAUUUCUUACGGAUAUAUCUGACUAUAUCUACGGUCUGAUGUCCGGGAAGCCACAAACACGAUUACAUCGAACGCGAUCUCGUGCGCUACAUGCAGCGCGUCAAAGCGACGAAGUUCUUGACUAUGAGGAUGAGGCGAAGGCGAGGGACGCGGCCGAGGAGCGAGUGUUGGCGAGUCGACGAAGUAUGGCCGUAGUGCAGUCGCGUCCACGAACGGCUGUUCCGCCGCCGCGGCCGGCGUCGCUUCGCCGACGACCGAACGGAAUCAGUAGACGAAGACCUGCGAAUUCUCAUCGGACCGCGGAUUCACCUUCCGCCACUGCUCGGAAUAGGGCCGGUAGCCGGCGACGGUUACGUGCCGGUGGAGUGGCAUAA